CGGAGUGUAAGAAGGCGAACCCAAAAUGGCGGAGCCUGGGGCCGGGGGCUCGAGGAGCCUCCUGUGAGGCGGUGCCUCCUGGGUGGGGAAGGGUUAACAUUUAGGGUGCCGCCGCUCCCUCUGACUGGCUCUAAGUUGGAGCCAGGCGCGCCUCGGUGGCCAUGGAAAGCGGCGAGCUGAACAGCAUGGAGACGAUGGAGACCCUGACAGAACUGGGUGACGAGCUGACCCUGGGCGACAUCGACGAGAUGCUACAGUUUGUCAGCAACCAAGUUGGAGAGUUUCCAGAUCUGUUUUCUGAACAGUUGUGUGGCACCUUUCAGAGCAACAGCACUUGUAAUGGUAGUGGAACAGUUGAUCCUUCGUCACAGAGACCCUACAGCCAGGGGCAGCUACAGUCUUUCCUGCCUAAUGCAGCUCCUCCCCAGCUUCAAGCUGUGCAAGUGAAAGUAUCUCAGACAGCCACUGCAACUCCUGCCCCACAGCGGGCUGCACCCCCUCUUCAGCCUCGUCCCCAGGUUCAGCCUCAGCUCCAACAACAGACUGUGAUGAUUACUCCAACUUUCAGCUCUGCUCCCCAGACCCGGUUCAUUCAGCAGCCUGUAAUAUACCAAAACGCAGCCACAAGUUUUCAAGUGUUGCAGCCCCAGGUUCAGAGCCUGGUGACUUCCUCCCAAGUUCAGCCAGUUGCCAUCCAGCAGCAGGUGCAGACUGUGCAAGCUCAGAGAGUAUUGACACAGACUGCCAAUGGCACAAUCCAGGCGCUGACGCCAGCCACAGUCCAGGCAGUAGCUGCUCCUCAAGUCCAGCAGGUUCCAGUCCUUGUCCAGCCACAGAUUAUCAAGACAGACUCUCUUGUCUUAACAACAUUGAAAACUGAUGGCAAUCCUGUUAUGGCUACUGUUCAGAAUCCAGCCCUCACAGCUCUGACUACUCCUAUUCAGACAACAGCCCUGCAGGGUGGGGUUCCGUGGAUGGGGACACCUGUCAUCUCCCCAUUGUCAUGGACGGACCACCAUCUGAUUAAGACUUUAGUUGGUGGCAAUGGGACUAUCUUGACCACAAUGCCCAUGAUGAUGGGAGGGCAGGAGAAGAUGCCCAUCAAACAAGUGCCUGGUGGUGCCAAGCAACCAGAACCACCAAAGGAGGGAGAGAGGCGGACAACCCAUAAUAUCAUUGAAAAGCGUUAUCGAUCAUCUAUAAAUGAUAAGAUCAUAGAACUGAAGGAUCUAGUCAUGGGAACAGAUGCCAAGAUGCACAAAUCUGGGGUACUGAGGAAGGCCAUUGACUACAUUAAAUACCUACAGCAGGUUAACCAUAAGCUGCGACAGGAGAACAUGGUGCUGAAGCUGGCUAACCAAAAGAACAAGCUGUCAAAGGGUUUUGACCUAAGCAGUCUGGUGGACAAUGAUAUGGACAUGAAGAUAGAUGACUUCAGCCAAAACGCUCUGCUGAUGUCUCCUCCAGCCUCUGAUUCAGGGUCACAAGCAGGCUUUUCCCCUUAUUCAAUUGAUUCAGAGCCAGGAAGCCCAUUGCUUGACGAUGCAAAGGUUAAAGAUGAACCUGACUCUCCACCUGUUGCCCUUGGAAUGGUUGACCGCUCACGGAUACUGCUUUGUGCUCUCACAUUCCUCUGCCUUUCCUUUAAUCCUCUAACAUCUCUCCUGGAGGGCCAAAGAACAUCUGAGACUGAUGGCCCUGUGCAUCACGGCUCCGGGAGGAGCAUGCUGACCAUAGAUUCAGGCUCUGGUGGAUGGUUUGGUUGGAUGAUGCCCACUUUGAUCCUAUGGCUUGUGAAUGGUGUUAUUGUCCUGAGUGUAUUCAUAAAACUGCUAGUGCAUGGAGAGCCAGUGACUCGACUGCAUUCCCGCUCAUCUGUUACUUUCUGGCGACAUCGGAAACAGGCAGACCUGGACUUGGCCAAGGGAGAUCUUGCUGCUGCCGCAUCAAACUUGCAGACCUGCCUGUCUGCUCUGGGCCGAGCACUGCCUGCCUCUCGUUUGGAUUUGGCAUGCAGCCUGUCCUGGAAUGUUAUCCGCUACAGUCUUCAGAAGUUGGGACUGGUGCGUUGGUUGCUGAAGAGGACGUCACGGCAGAGGCGAGCAACAGAGGCCCCUGUUGGUUUUGAGGAUGAAGCCAAAACUAGUGCCCGUGAUGCAGCUCUAGCAUAUCAUAAGCUCCAUCAACUCCAUAUCACAGGCAAGCUUCCAUCAAGCUCAGCCUACUCAGGGUUGCACAUGGCGUUGUGUGCUGUGAAUCUAGCUGAAUGUGCUGAGGAGAAGAUUCCACCAAGCACCCUGGCAGAAAUUCACCUGACUGCUGCGGUUGGCCUGAAGACCCGAUGUGGUGGCAAACUGGGUUUCCUGGCGAGUUAUUUCCUCAGUCAAGCCCAAAGCUUGUGUAGUUCUGAGCGCAGUGCCAUCCCUGACUCUCUACGCUGGCUGUGUCAUCCAUUGGGACAAAAGUUUUUUGUGGAGCGGAGCUGGACAGUGAAAGCUGCUGCCAAGGAGGGUCUAUAUUGCACUCAGAGGAAUCCAGCUGAUCCCAUUGCACAAGUGCAUCAAGCAUUCUGUGAGAACCUUCUGGAGAGAGCUGUUGAAUCCCUUGUGAAACCUCAGGUCCCCAAAGGGACUGUGGGCCAAGAUGAAGAAGAGUCCUGUGAAUUCUCUAAUGCUUUAGAAUACCUGAAGUUACUCAGUUCUUUUGUGGACUCUUUGGGAAGUGGGACACCACCUUUCACUGGAAAUUCUGUGUUGAGGUCUGCAUUGGGUCCUGAUGUGGUCUGCAGGUGGUGGUCAUCAGCGAUCACAAUGACAAUCAGCUGGCUCCAGGGUGAUGAUGCAGCUGUGAGAUCACAGUUCACCAGUGUAGAGCGAAUUCCUAAAUGCUUGGAGAUGAUGGAGAAUGCUCUUGUGAAAGCCAUCUUCCAUGUGUGUAAAGCCAUGAAUACCUCACUGUUGAGCAAGGCAGAUGGACAGCAGAGCUCCUUUGGCCACUGUGAAAGAGCCAGCACUCACCUUUGGAACAGCCUCAACAUGAGCAGUGGAGUCUCCAACACAGGUCUCAACAAUAUGAUCCAGCUGCUGGCCUGUGAUCUCUUGCUGUCUCUCCGCACUACUCUAUGGCAGAAACAGAUGAACUCCAGCCAAGCUCUGGGAGAGACCUACCAUGCUUCUGCUUCUGAGCUGACGGGAUUCCAGCGUGACCUUGGCAGCCUGCGAAAACUGGCCCAUAGCUUCAGGCCUGCUUAUCGAAAGGUGUUCCUACACGAGGCCACUGUGCGCCUAAUGGCAGGGGCCAGCCCCACACGUACUCAUCAGCUGCUGGAGCACAGUCUCAGGCGCCGUACACCCCAGUGCAGCAAGCAAGGUGAGCUGGAUUCGCUUCCUGGACAGAGAGAGAGAGCUACAGCAAUUCUCUUGGCCUGUCGCCACCUCCCCCUCUCCUUUCUGUCAUCCCCGGGCCAGCGAGCAGUCCUACUGGCAGAAGCAGCCCGCACACUGGAGAAGGUUGGAGACAAGCGUUCCUGCAAUGACUGUCAGCAGAUGAUUGUGAAGCUGAGUGGAGGCACAGCCAUUGCUGCCUCCUAACCCUGGAGAAGGAGGAGGCGGCCGCCUCAUCACCCAGUGGACUGAUUGUUGCCCCUUGAUUAUUCUUUCCUCCCUUCUUGAACAUAUUCCAGGUUAGGACCUUGGAAGUUGCAUAAUGCUAGACAGCAUAGGGGUUUUGAGCUUUUAAGUCUGGUGAUCACCACCAGGCACAAAAGGGAUACCCAUACUGGAGCUAGAGAGUUGUGCCCACCCCCCAAGAACCUGUGACACCAUGGAAAAAGAGAAGCCCUUUUGAAGAGGGGCUCAGGUCUUCUCAUUGACAGAACAAUCUGUGAUACGAACAUCUUUGGGAGUUUAGAAGAAAUUUCCUGAAUCCUUCCAUAUCGAUCUCCUAGUCAGCCAUCACCCACUGAGGGAAGAUAUAGGGAGGAUCUGCCUAUGCUAACUCUUUGGUCUUCAAUGGCAUCUUCUUCUUUUUAAUUUUUUAAAUGAGGUCUUUCUAUAGAUUUGGCAUUUCCCGAGAGUUCUGAAGGGUUAGGCCAGCUCUCCAGAGGAAGUGCAUCACAGUUUUUUGGUAAUUUGGGGGUUUUAUAGCAGUGUUCUGUGGCUUUACAAGCUGUGGACACAACAAUUAGGUUCCUCUUCCCUGUUCUGUCUUCUACCCUUCUCACAUCAUUGACUCCCCUCUUGUCAGCAUCCUGAGCUAUAUUGUCAUUGGGCUAGGGACUGAGCUCUUAUGUGCCCUGCCAUGGGUAACAGAGAGGAGGGAACAAGGGAUGCUCUAAAUAAAAAGUCUUUUGGGAAAUCCCCUUAUGUAUUUACUUCAGUGGUAGCUGCUUCCAGGUAUGUAUGUUGAAGGAUAGCAGCCAUAGGAGAAAGUCAGUCUUAGGACAUAUCUGUGUGAUCUGAAGUUGUCUUGGCUGCCUUCUGCCCUUUCCCAGGAUUCUUUGUGGGGUGCUAUGACAGUUAAGCAGGUUUUAAAAUGAUUUUUAAAUGGUUUACAUGUAUAGCAUAGGUGUAGCUAUGCUACGCCUUUAUUUACUUUUAUAUUGGAGAAAGUAAAAUGAUUGUAGAGCCUCCUUGUUGGCAGACCUAAUUCUGAGAAAAUAGAUUUUAUAUUGCAUCAAGUCUAGAGUCCCACAAACCAUUUCCCCCUUCCUGUUUUGUCAGUACACCUUAUCUGUUGUUGCUGCAGUUUCAUCUGACCAGUAAAAGUUCAAAUUCGGAUACACUGUCUCCUUCCCAUGCCCCAGGGGGGCUCACACAGCUGUAUGUUGCAUUGGUCCUUUGUACAGUUCUGUCUGCCAUUGCCAACUCUUGAUUUUUAAAGUUGAGCAUUCUGGUGCAAAAGUAGGAUUCUCAAUUAAUUCCGGCACCCUGCCCCCUAACCUUGAGCAAAGUCAAAGGUCGGUAUGUCUGAAACGGGGAGAAUAAUCAUAUUAGAGAAAUAGAAGGAUAUUGUCCAACAUCGCACCCAUAAGAAAUGCAUGGAAUACUGAUGUCAAAUUCUAAAACACUAUUCACAGAGUGAACCUGAAACUAACACCACAGUAAAAUGUUGGCUAGCACUGUAUUCUGAAGGCUGUGGUAAAAAAGCAAUCUUCCUUAUUUUUUUUUUUAACUAAUAAGGGUGGUAUAAUUUUUUUGAAUGGAAGUUCCCAUUCUUUAACUGAUUGGAUGUGUUCCAAGGUUCUAUUUGUAUCUCUUGCCUCAUUUGUCUCUCAGACGCUUACAAUGAAAUUAGCCCCUUCUGUGGGAUAAUUGGAAGUUGCUUUGUUAGUUCAUGGGUGGAUCUUUCUGUUUUUAUGUCAAUCUUAUCCCAUGAUAAUAUGGAACAUCUUGGCUGCGCUUCCUGUUAUCUGGCGAAACCUGUGCCUCCAAUGCAAUUCAAUACUGCAAAUCCAUAGGUGCUUAUUUAAAUGGACAGGCUGAAAUCAGAACACCAGUCUGUUCUUGAGGGAAUCUUCCCCACGGCAGCUUUCCCAGUGAUGGUAGUACCAAAACAGGAAGGGUAACAAACUACCUCAGUGAAAGGUAGCUGCUAGUAUGGGGAUUUGAUGCUAUCGUUGCUAGCUUAGCCCCCAAAGUUGCCAUACCAUCCAUGCAGAUCUUUCCCUGUUUGGGGUAGCAGCAAUCAAUCUGGGAUUACCGCAGGCCCUGUGUGGAUUGUGGCUGUCAUGUAUGCUGAUUCAGCUUGCUUGACUCUUGCAAACCCCUCCAUCUGGAAUCUCUCAUAGUAAAUAAUUUCCCCUGUGGGACUGAACUAACCUGGAAACAUAGAAAGCUAAUGUACAUCAUAAUAAAUAUCCUAUUGACUUGUGGAACAGUGUGGGCAUCUCACAGUUCCAUGGAUCUGAAGCCAUGAAAAACAUUUAUACUGUCAAGCAGGAUUGAAUGCUAUAUCUAGGGAUGAACAUUUCAGCCCAGAAUAAAGCCUUGCAUUGUGAAGCAGUAAGAGGCACUGAGGGUGGGACACUUGCAGAAUGACACUGAGGGUGGGACACUUGCGGAAUGACACAGACUGCCUUCAAUGUAUAUGGGACCCCCACCAGGUAAUAGGGAUGUGCACGAACCUGUUUGGAGGACCUUUUUAAGGACCUCCGAACCAGUUUGAAUGACCGGCAGUUCGGCUGGUUCAAAGGCGGGGGGGGCUACCUUUAAGGGUGAGAGAGGGAGCUCUUACCCCUCCCACUGCAUUUCCCCCACCGGCACUCCAUUUAAAAAGUAUUCAUCGGGGCGGUAGCGUACCUCCCUGCCACCCCGUGCCCUCUUCAGCCAGAAGUAAAAGGAAGUACUCAGUGCGUGUGCGCAGGCCGCGCUCACUCGCUCGCACGCCUGCGCCUGAAGUGCACAUGCCUACUGGGUACUUCCUGUUACUUCUGGCCGAAGAGGGCAUGGGGCAGCAGGGAGGUGUGCUGUCUCCCCGACAGAUAAUUUUAAAAUGGAGUGCGGGGGGGGGAUGCAGCGGGAGGGGUAAGGGCACCCUCCCCCACCCUUAAAGGUUUGCCCCCCCGCAACCUUCGAGCCACCCUCCGCCGGUUCCGUGCACAUCCCUACCAGGUAACCACCUCAAGGCUAACAUUCCACACGCUUCUGACACUUCUUUUUAUACACCAUUAUUUUAUUUAUGGGUCAUUGUCUCCCAGUCUAUCCCUAUGUUGUCUUUGUGUAUAUAGUGUACCUUUUUUGUUUUUUUAUAUAUAAUGUGAAAAAUAUCUAUUUAUCCAGUGGAAUUAGGCAUAGUGAUGCUUUGCUGUAAGAAGAGGUAUCUGAUGACAGUGGGGGGAGAUUUCUUUUCUGGUGUAUGUCCCAAAUGUAAUUCUCACCUGGGGAUCAUUUGUGUGACUGUUUAUCUAAUAAACACAAAUAGUACAAAAGG